CGCGGCUAGUGGUCGGGCUGGCGUACGAGCGGAAGAAGAAGCGGAUGCCGCUCGCAGAGGCGCUGCCGCGGCUGGAGGCGCUAGUCGAAGCGGCGGGGGAGGGGGAGGAGAAGGCUGGGGCCGAGGAGCGCCUGUGCGACCUCUGCUGGGACGCGCCGCGCUCGGUCCGUUUCGCGUGCGGCCACGCGCUGUACUGCGAGACAUGUGUGCCGCGCGUGCUGGAGCGCGACACCAACUGCCCGGCCUGCCGCCAGCCGGCGCUGCCCAUCGCCGCAACUGGGCGGCUGGUGGCGGCGCAGACGACGUUUGUCCACCAGCCGCCCUCGCGCCCCGCGCCCCAGGCUCAGCCUGCAGGCGCCACGGCGGCGGUCGGUGGGCGAGGGGGGCGGGGUGGGCGGGGUGGGCGGGGCGGGCGCGGUGGGCGGGGCGGGGGGGGGCUCGGCGGCUCUGCUUAGUGGUUUUGGUUUCAUACUUCAUGUACGGAACUGGGGGGGAGGUGCUUAGGGGAGGUGAACGCGUUCACACGUGUUCGCUGUUGUGAGUGGUGGGAUGUCGUGUGGGUGUUCGCCGCCUAUAUGCUCUAUCCUGCGGC